AUGAGCGUUGGCGGUACAAGAGAGCCCCUUGGAGCCUGGAAGCCUCGUGAUCGUGCCUUGGGACUCGACCCCUUUCGUGACUUGGACACUGCUAGAAAGCCCCCCCAUGCUCAUGAGGUGGGUGAUGAAUAUGUUCGUAAUGAGGAGUUCGAAGAGGUUCCUUUGGAUACUCUGGGCCCCCAUGACUGGUCAGUUCAGCUAAAUGGGAGUUGGAAGCAUCUUCAGGAACAUAUCACUUUAAAAGAGGGUCGUGCAUUGACAUUGGCUAUUCGAAGACUCUCCCGCAACAGCCGACACCGGGGCAAGCGUCUUUUGAUUUUUGUGGACAUAGUGGCUCUUGCUUUCAGUGUUGGGAAGGGGAGGUCUUGCAACCAUGCCAUGUUGCGGGUGAACCAGAAGAUUGGAGCACUCGCCCUAGCCUGCGGAUUGAUUUUGAGAGUUCGGUGGAUUCCAUCCGAGUUCAAUGUCUCAGAUGGGCCAUCGAGAGGUUCGAAACUUGCGGGCUGGUUCAAAGCCGGCUAUUUACGAGCACUUCGUGGAUCGUUGGAAAAGAAGGUGGUGAAGAGAGUGGAGCCAGUGAGGAUGAUAAAAGCCAUGAAGAAGGAAGUGAAGUUUGUAGUGGGUGUGAAGAAUACACCGUUUGGGGACGAGGGGAAGAGAGCUCAGAAAGGGAAGCUCACCAUGUUGGAGGUCAACAGCAUCAGUGGAGUGCAGGAGGCUCAAUAUCAGCACUACCUGAGAUGCUUCAAGGACUUCUGCAAGGAGAGCAAGAUAGGAUUUCCAAAGGACAACAAGCUGGAUGCCGUUUUGGCCGAUUAUUUCGACGUGUUGUUCCUCGAUGGCAAGACAGCCGCCGAGGGAGAAAAGACACUCGCCAGUUUAGAGUUCUUCAACCACAAGAUGAAGGGCAAGCUGACUCGGAGCAGGAAGGCUUUGAAGGGUUGGAGGAGGCUCCGACCGCCGAAGUCUCGACUGCCCCUUCCCAAGCCAGCCGUUUGGGGCAUAGCAAUGCGACUCCUUUUCAAAGGGGCGAGGGAGAUGGCAUUAACAACGCUCCUGAGCUUCGACGUCUACUUGCGCCCAGGAGAGACAGCCGAUCUGAAGGUGAAGAAUUUAGUGAGGCCGGUUGGGAACGCUGGAGUGCAAUACAAACACUACACAGUGGUGAUCAAGGACGAGGACGACCAGAUUCCCGACAAGACCGGAGUCUUCAGCAAUUCAGUGAAACUGGACAAUCCCCUGACUGCCAGUUGGUUGGGACCAGCGCUUCAGCAGAUGGUGCGAAAAAGGAAGCAGGACGAUCCAUUGUUCAGCUUCGAGCAGGACAAGUACCGGAAACGGUUUCAAGAGGCCGGCUCCUGGCUUGGCUUGCCAAAUCUGCACUUGUACCAGUUGAGGCACGGCGGGGCUUCAGACGAUCUCUGCCAGCGAAUCCGAGACCACAAUGCAGUGAAAGACAGGGGAAGAUGGUUGACAGAUACCUCAGUUCGGAGGUACGCCAAAAGUGGCAAGGUUCAGGAGAUGUUGAACAAGAUGCCAGCUUGGGCCCUUCACGCCAAACCUGCAGUCGACAAGAUGGGAGCAGUGGUCCGGGGGCACAUGG